ACACAAGAAAAGUACGAAAAAUCAAUGAAAAUACUUUUCUAAAUGAUUAAUUCAGUAUAACUUAUCAUUAAAAUGGAUAACAAACCAUCAUUAAGCCAAUAUUUUGGUGGCGCAGAAGUGCCACCAGCGUCUCAGUUUUUUGACGAAAUAGGAACAUCUCCGUCGGACAUGAUCCAAAGUGUUUAUUUGGGGGAUUCAGAAGGUAUUCCCACCACUUCCACGAGCGUGUUCUCGUCAAACGCGAGCGUCACUUUUACGCAACAAUCAAGUCAAGAAUUGAACUUCGCGAAUGUUGUACCGACCGUCAGUAGCACCACAUCGAUUCUCGCUUCUAGCUUGCCCGAUCCGUCCACGUUCUUUGACGCUAUAGGACCGGAACCUGUCAUUGUACCAAGCAAGGCACAGAAGACGACCGUACCACCACCCACUGUGCUAACCGAAGCAAUGGAUGGUCUCAGCUUAAAGAACCAACCAGUUGAUAAAGAAGGAGAUAGAAGAAGAGAUGCCUGGAUUCCAAAUGAAGAAGCAAAGAAAACUUUAUUAAAAGCACAAUCAUCACCAAAAGGCUCCUUCUUCCCAGAAAGAGAAGUAUUAACAAUGCCAGGAAUUGUUUUAGAAGAAGAAUUAGCAGAUGCAUUACAAGAAGUAGCAGUGAAGUACCUAGGUGUAAGUUCAGCGGGAAGUCGUGGAGUGGUCAGAGCAGAACAUGUGAGUCGUGAUGAGGCGGGACUGAGGGAGCUGCUGAGGACUGGGUACCUGCGCUCCGCUGUCAACCUCACUGCCACACUUCUAAGCGCAGCUGGUCAAGGUGCUGGUCGCAUGCACCGGCCGACGAAGCACACGGCGCGGUCGCUGCAGCUGUGGCUGACGCGGUUCGCGGUGCUGUGCCGCAUCAAGCUGUACGAGCCGCUCAUGAAGGAGGCCGAGCCCUUCGGGGACUUCAGCAAGCCGGAUAUGUUCUAUCAGUUCUACCCGGAGUCCCACGGUGACCGGUCGGGCAGCCUGGUGCCGUUCUCGCUGCGGCUGCUGGUGGCGGAGCUGCCGGGCCACGCCGGCCGACCGGACCAGGCCAUGGACAGGCUGUAUGCCGUGCUGCAUGUCAUUGACACGAUGAUCGGCAACCUCAAGGAAGGCAAGACCGAGGAUGGCAGUGGGAGCAUCACGGAGGAGGACAAGACAGAGUCGCUGCGGCUGUGGGGCGGCCGCCGCACGCGCGUCAUGCACUCCAUCGCCAACUGCGCCAUCGCGCUUAAGGACUACCGCCUAGCGACGCGUAUACUGUGCGAGCUACGUACGGGCGCGGCGUCGGCGGCGGCGCGGCGCAGUGUGAGCGCGGCGCUAUGUCGGCUGCAACUGCUGGCCGGGCACACGCGAGCCGCUACUACGUACCUUGAGGAGGCCCGUGUAGCGAGACAUCACAUCUGUCCGACGCCCGACGUGCGCGAGUACGUAGACGCGGGACUGAUCGAGGUGGCGCACGGUCGCUACCAGGACGCCUACAACACGUUCCUCAAGGCCGCCGACCAGGAGCCCACCAAUAUCAUGGUGGCAAAUAACCUUGCUGUGUGUCUGCUCUACAUGGGCCGGCUGAAGGAGGCUAUAGCUGUUCUCCAGAAGGCUAUCCACUCGGACCCAGAGCGGGGACUCAACGAGAGUCUACUGGUCAAUCUCUGCACCCUGUACGAGCUGGAGUCGUCCAAGACCAAUGAGAAGAAACUCAACCUCCUGCGGAUGCUGUGCAAGCAUAAAAGUGACACUAUACCCGAUGUGCUCGAGUGUCUGAAGCUUGCUCCAGUAGGUUAGGUCUAGUUGUGAUAUUAUUAUAAUAUGUAUAUUAUUCACGUAAUUAUGCAGGAGAAUUGUAUAAUAUCUAUACAUAUAAAUAAAAUUGGAAUGUCUGUUUGUAAUAUUGAAAGAACCGUCUUUUUCUACAUUCAUAUGAAUGUAAAUAGGGUACAGACACCAAAACAACAUUUUUUACAAUU